AUCUCUCUUUGUGUAGUGGCUUGAAAUGUGAUCAAGAAACCUGCUGUAAAUUAUUUCUUGCUACUCGUGCAAAUAUUUCUCAAACAAGCCUUGUUCGGCUAUUAUGAAUAUUCCUGAACUGCUGAAUUGGCAGUAGCCAAUAUUUCUUAUGGAUGGGGGUGCUGGCCUUCCUGAAGUAUACCUGCACAGCAGUCAACAGUCUUCCAUCACUGGAGCCUUAGCUCCAAAUCUUGAACAAAUGAGUCUGGAAAAGCAAGAGUUCAGUGUCGCUAGGAAUGCGGAUGAAUUUUCACAUGCGGAAAGCGUUUCACCUAUCAAAGGUGACCAAGAAACAAAAAUGUUAAGAAGCACAAAUACAUGUUCCAGUGAUAAUCAUGUUAUUUCUUGCAAGUCAAAUUAUCAGGAAAACAAGAGGAUAUUUAACUAUGAUUCUACAGCCAAGCUUCCUGCACCUAAAUUAAUUACUGAUCAUCCUGAUAUGUUUUGCAUCAGAGGGGCCACAAAAUUGCCAGGGGGGCCUGAAACACAUGAAGUCUGUGGCCCUGGUCAUGCUGCCACAAACACAUUUAAAUGUUCAGUACUGGACAAUGCCUCUGAUUUUGUUGAACUGAAGCAAACUGUCCCAAGAUCCAAGACAAAAUCCUGCUCACAAGAUGCAUUUGGAAAUCAAUGUGGUGCUGCAAAAUUAAUGACAAGAAGGACACAGUCAAACUCGGAAAAUACAGUAAAACUUGGAGGCAAAUCUGUUCCAACAAUUUCUUCUUCAAUUGCGGUUAAUCAGGAAUAUAAAAUAAGACCUCAUGGAAAUGUAGCUUCAUGCAUUACACAGCAUGGAUUGUUUUGCAGCAAAUCUGUUGCAGAUGAGCAAAUUUUAACUUCAAAAAACUUACACAUGAAAUCAUCUGGCUCCUUGCAUCUCUCUGCUAAACCAUCUGAUCUUAGUCUGUCAGAUUUCCUGACUCAUUCUAAGAAGUUAGCUGACAAGGAAUCCAGUUCAUUGGGCAGUCAAUCAGAAAACACUGACAGCACAAGCACUGUCAUAAGUAAACCUCAAGUCUGCAAAGAACUUGAAAGUCAUGAAUAUGAUCAUCAGACUUGUUCCAGCUACUCAAAUACUCCCUUCCCUAGCUCCUCUCCUGAACAAGACAUAGACACUGAAAAUAUUGCUUCUCCGGUGUCUGUAUUCAUGAUGCACUCUUCUGAAUGUGACUCAAACGCUGAUAAUCUGUCACCUGCCUUCUUAGACACAAGUAACAUUGAGUCAUCCUCAUUGAGUACUGAAACUUUGAAACCAAAUUUCGAGAUUGGUGGUAUAUUAAGUCAACAAUCAGCUUCUCAAAAAUUAAACACAGGAGAUAGCGUUGUAAAUCAGUCUUCUGAAUUCAGUUGGAACAGUAACAGUGCUGAGCCGAGACGCAAGCUCACAGAGUUGAGUGCUUAUAUAGCUCCUCUAACUGUCGUCAGUGAGCAAGAGAUAUCUCUGGCAUCACUCAUGUCAGUUGAGUCCACACAACCUCCUGAAUCGUCAGAAAGAGAAACUUCCCCUUCGCUUUUUUCAAUUUCAUCAGCAGCUUCAAGUAAAAGACUUGAAUGGGACUCUGCUGCAGACGUUGGGUAUGGUGGGGUUGCCAACAAGAAACAUUCCAGCACUUCAUCACUGAGUACGCUUGAACGUCUCACUAUAGGGAAAUUUGUUAGCAACAUUGCCCCAGAUGAUUCUCGGCGAGUGGUGUUGAGUAGGAGGAAACAUUUGGCUCAGGAGAAAUCUGCAAGAAAAUUUCAUGCUUCAUCUACUGAUGCCAGGGAUCAAUUUGGUUGUGAAGGACUCAAGAAAACGCGACUUGCAUCCAAGAUAUCUCUGCCACAAAAAGAUCAUUUCAAAUCCAAUAGAAAUAUUUACAUUUACUCCAGUGAGGAAGACCAAUUUUCAAGACCAAGAACUGGUAGUAGUCUGCGCAGAAAACCUAAAAAACGCUCUGUGGUAGACCGGGAAAGGAUUAACAAAUAUUCAUCUGCGAGUCACUUUUCCCCAACUGUUAUGAAAACUGCAGCUAAAUUCGUUCAUCCACACUUGAAAUCUUGCAGCCUCAAUGAAUUAAGAAGUAGUUCAACUCUCGAGAUGGGUAAAAUGCAUAGUUCCAGCCAACAAGAAAUGUCUAUUACUGCUAAAAAUAUUGAUAUGUUUGCAAAAAAUUCAACUGAAAAUUCCUAUCGCAAGUAUAACGAAGAGAUCAGCUUGAACACAAAUCUUGCUCGCACUAAAGAAAGUAUUUCUGCACCUGAUUUUCAUUCUAGUUCUGAUAGAAGAUCUGCUAGUAAACCUAAUUCCCAUGGCACGGAGGCUGUCAAGAGCACUGUUCCAACUUGUAGAACAUCACACAAGUCUACAGAAAUUUUUGAACGUUUGGAAGCAAGUGCAGACUCCUCACCAAAUCGCACUCCCCUAAAACUCGUUCAGUCAUCAAAUACUACGAAUUUAUGUUCGCAAUCGUUUGUAUUUUCUCCUGCUACUGACCUCACUCAGUAUCCUAUAGCUGAUGCUGCUUUAGGCCAAUCAACGUCUCCCCACACAUUCGGUGGGUCUUUGGAUGGUCGUGUGAAAUCACCAGUCGAAGAAAACGAAUCCUUGCUUGGUCAAAAAUCAGCAUUAAAUUGCGUUGAGUUAGACUCAACUCACUUUGAUCGUGGGUCUAACGUGCCAAAGAUGUACUUUGACUCGGCUGCAUUCGUCCCCGAUUCACGUGGUAUUCUUUGUGAAGAUAGAGAAACUCUGAAUAAAAAAUCGGAGCUUGAAGAAAUUCCAUCGAGACCUACUGUAAUGAAAACUGACUUAGAAGAACCAUCAGAAAUGACAAAAUUACUGCUUAAUAACGACACUCAAUCAAAACAUGACUCAAUGAACGUUGCCGUGGAAGUAGAUGAUCUGGAAACCAUUGAACUGGACCUUCCAGAGCUGGAAAGUGUGAACACCGUGCUUAGCCAUUUGUCUGAGCAGCUGCUCCAUCACCUGCAAGGCCUCGUGCUGAAUUCUUCCGAAGCUUCUCUAGAAGGCAGUGCGUACCACAAGCUUAUUGAUUACAUCAAGUUUGUGGGCUCUGCAUCACAUGGGGCGCACGAGAUGAAGCUCAAGCAAGAAGUAGCGGAGCUCCUCGUGGAUCUUUUUUCUGACAUAAAAGAGCAGCAACAGGCAUCGUUGCAGCAAGAUGAGAUUGUAAUGGAAACUGCAAAGUCUAGAGUUGCUGAGCUGAACACAUCUGGAAAAUCUUUUGCACCGCCUAAUAAGUUAUGUACUGUUGCAGACUCGUCAGUUGUGCCUGUUGUACCUUUUAAUAAAGAAUCUCCUAAAACUGACUGCACCCGUGCGUGUGCUGAAGCUUACUCAGGACCUGUACAUUCAACUGCAUCACUACGCACCACAAAAUCCCAGCACAACUUCGCAGCCCGUGAAGAAACUCACUCUGGUUCGUCGGAUAAUUCUGAACAAAGGGAGCAUGGAAUUGUAACAGAAAUGCGCACCCAUGCCAUGUCUGCUUCACCUCCUGUCUGUUAUGAGUCACCGGGGCUUGGUUAUUGUGCCUCCUUGUCUUCAUUGAUGGCCUCUUCCAGAUCUUCAAGCUCCCUGUCAGAGGUUUCCUCAAGCCACCUUUGCACCACGCGGGAGAGUGAGUCAAAUUUGAACGAUUCCCGUGACGUGCUUGGGAGGAAAAGUUGCAGCAGUUCGUUAGGGGAAGUUGCCUUUAUAAUGUCAGGAACGAUUGAGGCGCGAACUUUUGCUGGUGCCGAGGUAGCAAAAUGUUCUAGAACUGAUGAUGUUGGCCUUCCAGCAAUGAAAAAAGUCAAUGAACUGGCUGGAUUAAAAUCUGUAUAUGUUGUGCAUAAUGAUAAAAAAGAUGAUUCCUACAUAAGUGAAGAAAAAUUAAAGAAUGAAGAUACUCAAUCGAGAAUAUACUGUGAAAUACAAGCCAUUCCUAAAAAUAGCACAAUUCUCAUGGAAUCAGGAUUGAAAACAACGUCUGCAGAUGACAGUUUCAAGACAGAAACAGACAGCCCCUGUCUCACGGCGGAUGACAGCCUGCGCAUGACCAGUGACAGUCUCAAGCAAAUCACUGACGACAGCCCGCGUCUCGGCCGUGCUGAUAAUCUCGCUCUUAUUGGCGAUUGCUUUCGCCUUGCUGGUUCUAUAAGGAAUCUAAUGACGGAAAAUAUGGCCCCUGUUUGCUCAUCUUCCCAAAGUAUAAACUUGACAUCGACUUUUCCCGCUUGUCCAACAUCUAGGCAAAACUCAAACCCCGUUCCAUCGUCGUAUUACACGUCAGCCUUCAGCAAAGUUCCUGGAUCAGCAUCGAUCAUGACAGUUGCUACUGGAGCAGAGCACCAAAAUGUCCCAGGAUUUCAAGACGUCCAGGAAGGGUACAGGAUAGCCAACUGCCCGUGUAGCCCUCGGACACUAGACCAAGAGAUCUCCAACAUGAGAGCUGCUCUUCGCGACCAGGCUUUCAGUUCCUUGCCCGACCCUCACACCGCCCGCAAACUCGCUGAAUAUUCUGGUGCAGAUCAUGAUUCAGGACUACAAUUUUUUAGUCCAAGCCAAGAUAUCGAACAUCGCAACGAAUUCAAGUCUUUACAAUCCAGGAUCUCCCCUACAAGCAAAGUAGACGUGUCAGCUUUUUCGGCUGAUGGACAAACAAUUUAUCCUCAAAGUAAUGACCCUGACCAUCAACUGACCGGGUUGUCAACAAAAUUCAUUCCGGAUUCAAUUCCAGUCUUGUCUCAAAUUUCUAUAGAUACUUCUUACCGCGAAUCUAGUCAGGCUUCAAGCACCAGAAAUGAACCACCCGAAAUUAAGAAAAAUAAAAAUAAUGUUCGCGGCACCGAGAAAAGACUAAAAAAUAGAUUACCGACUACAUACUUACAUUUUGGCGACGUUGAGGCGAAGGAAGGUGGUAGAAAGUUGACGGUAGCCCCGAACCGCAGCAGCGACGACUCUGCAAGUGCCUGUGAGACGGUCGCUUCUGACGAGCCCAGGCUAGACGAAGCGUCUGUGUCUAGCUUCGAAUUUUACUGCGCGCCAUCACAAGAUUUUGCUGCCCUUGACCGUCAUUCAGAUCGGAACAUUGGGUCAGCGUCUGGACGAGGGCAGAGAGGAGAAGAUGAAACUUCCGUCGCUGCAUCUAUCGACCUAUGCCGUCAAUGUGACGGCCCUCCUGUGAGCGCUGCUGGAGAACUUGUCAGUAGUCACCAGUCAUUUUCAGCUGGUAACUUGAAGGACUUGGCUGAGAAAGUGUCGAGUCCGCCAGAACUAAGUUACGUGGUGGAUGAGGUGUGCAGUUCGCCUUCAGACGUCAAUUCUGUCACUAAUGAACAAUCGUUAUUGGCUUCUAAAAUGCAUAAUGCCUUCGAUGGAAAUACGCUCGGGACUUCUGAAUUAAGCUGUGUACCUGAAGGGAAGCUCGUCACGUGUCCUGUAGUAAACCCAGCUGCUGCAGAAAAAUCACUCUUGAAUAGUCAUAUGAUCUUAAAUUCAGACAGAGAUACACUUGAGCAUCCGAUUCCUGGAUCCGACGCUGAAAGUAGUGUUCAUCUUGCUGCGAAGAAGCGCUCUGCUAACGCCCGCAAAUCCUCACUAAUAAAACAAAAAGAGACAUCCGUUACUGAACAAUCUACUCCUACGCCUGUCGCAACUCCUGCUGUCGACAUCGCCUUGCAAAUGGGGACAGAAUCCAUCUCAAGUGCUGAGGAGAGGCCAUGUGCGAGUGAUGCAAGUAUCCGCUCGGCCGACAACCCUGGCGAUCCUGCCUCGGAUGUUCGCGAUGCCUCGCUUGUGGCCAUACAAAUUGGACCUAACGAGUUGACUGCCAUAUCUAGCGUGGCUGUUGUUGACGAAACAACUUAUUUUAGUCAAGGUAGAUCAAAUGUUAGGCAGAAAGAAACUUUGUCAUGUAAUGAUAGUGAUCUUUCUGCAACAGCUCCUGCAAUAGCCUCCACGCCAAAUUUAGAGGCGCUAUCUUGUCAACCAGCAGCGAUAGAUAAGAUUUCGAUAGUAAAUGCUCCCAGCCCUGUUGAGGUCUCUUCAUGCACAUCUCCAAUGUUUUCAGACUCUUCUAAGAACUUUGUACACUCCAAAGAAACUAACCUCAAUGGUUCAACGAAUGUUUCUAUCUCGAAGACAUCAGCUCUUGGUUCAAUAGCCAUAUUUUCUUCAGAUGAGAAUGGCGGUAUAAAACAUCUCCCUAAUAGCUCACACCAAAUACUUGACCCAGGAACAAAAGAGAACUUUGUGGCUGUUUCUGCAGAGACCUCGAAUAAAUCUACUACUAGCACUGAUGGCGGUGAAAUCGAGGACUUUAAUAAUACCAACUCUGUCGCUGCCGAAGGUCAGCAAGUUACUACCACUAUGACAUUUCCUGACCAACAGUCGCCUCAUUCUGAUCUGCAACGGGAUUCAUUACCAGUGCAGAAUGAUACCAUCCACGUCUCCUCCCAGAGUAACAAAAAUAUUGAACACUUGUCGUGCGCUGACGGAAUCGACACUCGACGCUCAUCUCGCCUCGGCAGUGAACUUGAAAGUCUCUCAUCACACGGUGAUAAGUCAAGCAAACGAUCAAAUACGCGCCACAGAUCGAGCUCGGCAGCUUCUAGGAAGCAACGCUAUGCCCAUAAAAUCGAGCAGUAUGUGCGUACUCUAGAGAAACUCGAACGUGCGCUUGCUAAAAUGCCGGAAAGCAGUGCAGGAAGCUACGGAAGCACUUGUUCCUCUUCAAACGAGAACGCCACGAGCGCAAGCAACCUUGCUUUGCGCUCUGUAACUGUUGAGUGUGAAACCAUAGAAACCAUUGAAAAAAGCUGCCAUCGAAGGAAGCAUAUUUCCAAGUCUAAAAAUUUUAACGAUGUGCGAGCUAUGCCAUCUGAUGUGUGUCCACGUUUGGUUAAUCCUAUCAAUGACUCUUCGGCGCCAAAUGCUCCCGUUUCGAAAACUUCUAGAAAACUACCUAAUAUAGAGAGUCAGGAAAAUGUUGAUUCACAGAUUCAAACUGAAGAAAUUGGCCAGAAUAAUUUUAUCUCUCAGCAAGAAACGGUUCCUAAUCCAUCACUCGCUCAGAAGCCCCAUCUUGCGACCGAUGCUCUUCUUGCUCCCGUUAGCAUUUCAGAUGACACUGUUAAUUAUCCUGUUUCAUUAUCUGCUGGUCGUCAAUUCAAAUCAGACAAAAAUAAAUUUGUGAGCGCAAAUUGCAGUUUAGUGGCAUCGGACAAUGCAGAAGUGAAUAGCCCGUCUGAAGGUCAAAGCGUAUGCGACAGCAAACUACACAGCGACGAUUUAAACCUCAAUUCAACUGCCGGGUCAUCUUGCUUGCGGCUGCUGGAGGCUGAAGUGCAGCAGCUUCAGCUCGUCCAGAAAGCUGUUGACGCUCUAAAUCUUACCGAUCCCCAGGACAUGAGCAGCUCCUGGACCAGCCUCAACUCUGGCAUUGACUCUCGGGAACCUGACUUCCAACUUAUCUCUUGGGAUUCGAGACAAAAAUCGAUCUCCAAGAAGGAUUAUGCUACCUCUGGAAGUGGCUGCAGCCAUAAUAAAGACUUAUCCAGAUAUGGUCAUCCCUACAGUUCCAAUGAACCCCCGGUCGAAGAGGGCAUUAGCUGUAUGAAUUCUAAGCCAAUGGACGCUUCACCAGGCGACGACUGCAGCUGCCGUCCGCCUAAAGCGACACAACAUGUCGAUUCCAUUCGAGAUGAUAGCAGUGUAAGAGAAAUUCCAACCGAGACUUGCUUUAACCAAUCCCAUUUGUCGCCGCCUGAUGACCUUCAUAAGUCGUCUCAGCAUCCUGGAUUUAUGUCUAUGCCCUGUCGUGAAGUCAAAGAUUGCUCUCAACCAGCAUCGGGGUUCAUGUCUUUACUAUCGAAUUUUGAACAACAAAACGCGGCCGUGCGCGCGGCAUCGUUAAGCAACGUUGUCAACGCGGCAUCGUCAAACAACUCAUUUGAUGACGCUGUUGAACUCGCAAGUGAGCGCACUUAUGACGUUUUCACUGAACCUGAGGACGACGAAUUCGCGCAUGAAGAAGGCACAAGACAAAGCAAUGGUAUAAAGGGAGCAAGCGACGUUGCUGCAGGACGUCACAGCGCUUUCGAUGCCCAUAAAGACGAAGUCAACAAUUUUUCUGGUGUUGGAAAUGCUUCUGAAGUGUUGUGUAAGGCAGCAGAACUUCAAAUCGUAGGGACUAACACUGCUGUUUCAUCUCAAGCAGCACCUAACCUUUGCUGCGAUUUUGAUGGCGAACUGAACUUUACACAGAGACUAACUGCCGGUACUUCUCACCCAAAGAAACUUACGAAAAAUGAAGAUUCAUUUUUCAGCUUCGACAAAACCGUGCGCGGCUUCACCAACGAGGACAUUUCUCCUCUUAUGACUUCUACAGUUCGUGGUUCCAGUAAAAAAUCCCUCGCAGCAUUCGAGUUCAGAACUCCAUCAGCAGUCAAUUCCAAGAAUAUUCCUGGGAUAAACGUAGACGGUUCGCACUUUCUUCAAAAUCAACCUCACAGUUCAUCCGAAACUCCUGACGCGCCGACUACUCGCCUUAGUGAAGCGAACUCGUCUAGUCAUGAUAGUAUUGCGUAUAUUAAUAGUCGUCACAUGGACCGAAAGUCUACGCACAUUAUUCCAGCUUCUGUGCUACACACUGGUAACAAUUUUUUUUCGGAAUCGUCUCGAGAAGAUACACGGACAAGAAUAACAAACACAAAGACUUUUACAUCGGCGGUUGCUUGUUCACGUGCUACUUCCUUUGCUGGCAAUGCCCCUGCAUUGCAAACUGCUCCUUCAAGAACUAACAGACAAGUGGAAGUUUCCGCUGACUCGCCAAUCUUUCCUCUUCAAGAUAAAGUUUCAACUAAAGAUUUUGAACAGGUCUUCCCUAGUGAUGAAUCGUCAGUGGGGCAUUACAGCGUUGCUGUGCAAACAGGCACGUCGCUUCUGUGCCUCAAUGCACCCCCAGAUCAAACGCUUCUAGAAAGCAGUGUCAUUGAAACUUCCGCGAUUGACGAAAAUGCUCGUCAGCAACGUUCUGAAAUAAAGGAAAAUUUCACAAAAUCAAGAAUGGACUCACACGCGCAGCAAAAUUUUAGCGGGAGAUCAGAAAUGGUACCAUUCCGUGACACCGCACGGCUGAGCUCCGCUACCCGGCAACCUCUCACUGAAGAAUCAAUCAACUCUCGGUCUCGGGAAACUUACAAGCCUUCGAUGAAACUGGCUAGUCGCAGCCAUGGCUACCAAACUCAAAUAAAAGUUGGGUCUAAGAAAAAUAGAGCUGAUAAAAUGUAUGGAAGAGCCAUACCUUCAUUGAUAUUAGACGAUGAUUCAACUUCAACUGGCGUGUCUCGGAAAGGAGUCAUGAAAGUUGGAUUGACAGACCAUGCAAUCAGACGGUCAGUUAAAAAAAGUGCGAGUCCCUGUUCACUCAUUGCGGGUCCAGACUCCGUUUCAUUCAAGUCAAAAUAUGGGCGAAACCGGAGUUGCAGCGAAAGUUCUUCUGUUUUUACUCCACGCGCCGUCAGAAAGAACAAAGAUUUUCUAACUGCACAUCAUCUGCCCAUUCGUAGCUCUCGAGCUUCAUCUGUUGGUAGAAAAGAACGCCUUACCACGAAGGAGCGUGUCGGUGAUUAUGCUCGGGUCGGUGGCAGAUCUCAAGUUGGUGACAUCGCGACAGCCAAUGCUUAUGCUGAUGACAUUGCCGGUGUUAGUGACAAUGCUGGUACUGCUAACAGUCCUUCGGUUCAUGCCAAUCGACCUGCCAACGUUCCUUCUUCGGCUGGUGAAGAAAGUUGUUUUACAUUUCGUGUUGGUACUAAAAGUGCAGCUCUUCUGGCUGCUGGAGCACAAGCUCUCACCUCAAGCGCUUCUGCUUUGGAAAAGAAAGAAGAAUUAUCAUUGCAGGCGGCGCUCCGGCUCCGGCGUCCGGAUUUCGUUGCGGCAGCGGAGGAGCGGCGGGAGCGGCUGGUUCGUCACCAGCACGCGCGACGCGGCGUGCAGGAGUACAACUGGCGGGUGGCGGCCACCCUCCCCCCUGCCCUCUUGUCCCCCCGUCACCUGGACACCGUGCUCUGCAGAUACGUGGCGAGCCCAGUGUUGUCGUACGAUGAGCUGACGCAGCGCACCAGGCGUGCGGUGGCCCGUUUGCCAGAAGCCGCGGCUCGGGAGGCGCGGCAGCGACGGGCCUUGGCAGCAAAGCUCAACCGUAUCCGUCGACGUCAAUACGGCCAGAAGCUGCAGAGCGCCGCGAUCCGCGGCAAAGUUGCCCAUGGACAUCGUGACCUCGCUUGCGUUUAGCGAUCUCACAGGCCAAGUAACGACCCAAUCACCAUCUCGCAGACAACUGCCACUCCUAGAGUUACGACCAAUCACCAUCUCAUCUCACAAACAACUGCCACUCCUAGAGUUACUACCAAUUACCAUCUCACAAACAACAGUCGCUCCUAGAGGUACGACCAAUCACCAUCUCAUCUCGCAGACAACUGCCACUCCUAGAGUUGAGACCAAUUACCAUCUCACAAACAACUGUCGCUCCUAGAGUUCCGACAAAUCACUAUCUCACAAACAACUGUCGCUCCUAGAGUUCCGACCAAUCACUAUCUCACAAACAACUGUCGCUCCUAGAGUUACGACCAAUCACUAUCUCACAAACAACUGUCGCUCCUAGAGGUACGACCAAUCACCAUCUCACAAACGACUGUCGCUCCUAGAGUUACGACCAAUCACUAUCUCACAAACAACUGUCGCUCCUAGAGGUACGACCAAUCACCAUCUCACAAACGGCUGUCGCUCCUAGAGUUACUACCAAUCCCCACCUCACAGAUACUUGCUAUGAGAAUAUUUGUUAGCAGCUAUCGGGUUCUUGUUUAGGAUAAGUUUUGUUUAGGAAAGCGCUAGUACAAAGUUGAAUGUGUAUGUAAUGUCUUCUAACUUCAAGUUCAGAAAAUGUGGUAAGUGCGCCAUAUCAACAAAUGAUAUCGUAACUUACGUCCCAAGCUAAAUUUAUCAACUUUGCUGAACAAGUCUAAUGGUUCAGCCUUGCUCUAUAUGCAAUCUUAAUCGGAUUGGUUGGCUGUUUUCGUAAUAUUUUAGUUAUGACUUCUGAUUUUCGUACCGGGUCACUUGGUACUGGUGAGAACCGCUCCAGUCAUUAUUCUCUUUUCAAAAAUUUAUACGGAUAUGUAUUGAAUAUCAAUAUUGAACUUACCAUAUCUUCAUUCGUUUACGGUUCCACUUGAUUAUUUUUCUCAUUAACCAUAAAGUAAUGGAAAAAAUAAAGAAUUAUUAUAAGACCAACGUUUGCUCGUGAAAAUUGCACAAUGCUUGGCAUAUUUGUAAGUAGCGAUUCUGUAAGAACAAAUAUUCAUAUUUAAAAGGUCUGAUAGUUUUUAUAUUUUUGUAAGUGACAAGUCUUGUUUGAAGUACUACACUUUUACUAAACUAUUUCGUAUUACAUGAA